AUUUUCCGACAGGAAAUGAAUAGAUUGGGAUUGGCUUAUGUGGUCAUCAGACAGCUGGCCCACGAAACUCGAAACGUUUACCAAAACGGGAGGACUCUCGCUGUCUACGACAGGGAAAGUGGGGAAUGCCGACUCGCCGACUCCCAUUUUACGGUAUACAUGGGGAUCAGCAAGAGCCAGCUCUUGCUCCAAGGCCAUAUCUAUGUGGUCUGGGACCCGGUCGAGUUUGGCAAUCUCAAGAGGAUGACUGACCCGCUAAGCCAGCGGAAGCAUGUCAGUCAA